UCACUCUGUGCACGGCUUGUAUGUUCCGUCACGCACUAUGUAUGCUAAGACCAACAAGAGACCGUUCCAUUCCUUCCUUUCAUGGGUAAGGAAGGAUGCACAUCUGAGUGAGUGAGAAGCACUGACCGCUGAAGUUGUGUUGCUGAACACGAAUUCAAUAUCUACCUGUAGUCCUCGGUGUCUAACGUUUUGUUGCUUGGGCUCAACAGGACAGACAGCGCUGUAUUAGUCCUUGAACCGUUUGAAUUUCGAAAUAGUGGAAUCUGUAUUUCUUUUGUUCAGUGUUCGUGUUUGACAGAGUUGAGCGAUGUUCAUGACAUCUAUCGUACUUGAGCAUCAGGCCAGCAAGCAAAAGAGCACUAGGGUACCAACCUCUACCAGGCUGCCUUCCAUAUAGCCCUGCUUACAAAUAUCUCCUGUAGUCAAUCGUAUACGUACGGUGUGGGAAUUACAUGCCAUAAUUGCUUGUGUACAAGAGUCACAGUAUCCAAGUUGUGAAAAACCUGCAUGGAUUUUGAACUGCUGGGCCUCCUUCUGUGGUGGGAUGUAGAAGUCUUUCAUUGAUAAAAACCAUAUCCCCAAAUGCCCAAUGGCAUGCUUGAAUAAUCCAUCAUCAGGUGUUGGCUAUGAAAAUAUUCCCCUUGAAUUUGAAACCAAUUAGGUCUCAUAUAUCAAAGCAAUAAAUUUAAUGAAAUUCAAUACUUCAAAAAAACUGCAUUGACAUGGAUGCUGCAUCAACAGUAGGAGUGUGUCAUACAGAGAAAUGUGAAUCGCUUAUGUGAGGAACAAAAGAGUUUUUCCAUCAGGAGGAAAAAGUUGAAUUUGAUUCUCCAUUCAGCAAAGAUGAGAAGCUUGAUGAGAUGGUAUAUUUCACAGGGUGGCCAUGAACAACCUCCCAUCAGCAUCAGCUUCUGAUGAUUUGAUAAAUGGGAAACUCAACAGUGCUGUGAGUGACUGGGCAGAAAAUAAGAGUAAGGCAGUAGAAGAACAAGAUACAGGAAAGGAACAUUCGCAGAAUACACAUCAACAGUGUGGUAAUAAUAGCUUAUAUUGCAGAUACUGUGACAGGAACUUUCAUUCUUGUGAUGAAUUCUACCAUCAUCAUCUGUGUCAUGUUCAGCUACCAAAUGUAAUAGCCCAGCGACUCAAUCCUUCCUAUGUUCGUCGUAUAAUUUCAAACAAGGCAUCAAAGAGUGGACACAAGAGGAGAAGAUGUAAUUUUGCUCGUAAACACACCAGGUCAUACAUAGUUCCAAAAGUUAAGAAGAGUAAAGUAAGUGAACCUUUGAAAUUGACUCUUAAAUUGGCUACUGACGCUACUACAGAUAAACCAUCAUUUGAAGUUAUACCACAGAAGAUUCUUAUAGGACCAGGAGGUCUAUAUCCUACAAACGGAGUCCUAGACGAAGUUAAGACGGAGGUUGUUACUCAGAGUGAAGACGUGGAGUGGAAUAGUAAAAGUGUGGAAGGGGAAGGGGAAGAGAAAGGGGAGGGGGCGGGACGGACGUCAGAAAGUGCAUUGGAGUCAUCGGAAGAGAACAGUGGCAUUAACAACGUGGAAAGUGUGGAACAGGACGAGAGUGAAGAAGGGCUUGAGAGUGAAGAGGAAGUGACCAAAGAUAAGUUUGAGGGGGGAGUUGAGAACGAAAAAGAAAUUGAGGACACUUGUCUUGAUGCCAUAGGUGACUUGAACUUGGAUAUUGAUCAUCAACAAGGAAUUAGAUCAGCAUGCCCCAGUCCAACUCCCAGUGAGCAGCUUCGCCCAGAAUUUAUUGCUCCUGAAGAAGGAUCCUGUGAUAGUCUGCCAUCUCCAACAAUGGUUGAAGUCAGUAAUACAACCUUAGCAGAAGCUGGCUCACCAGCAUUUCCCACAACAUCACCUGCACCGCCUCCAACCUCAGGAGACUCCAGUUUUCAACAUUCGGCAUCAGCACAGAAUCAGCAAUCUCCAUCUGUGGAUAAUCCAGAACUGCAGUCUCAGUCUGGAGGCAGAGAUGAGCACAAUAAUGAUCAAAGUGAUGAAACAUCCAUACCUUCAGAAACGGGAAAUUUCAAUUGGAAUGAUAUUGGCAGUGUACCUACAACUGCUACUGAUGAUCCAACAUCGAAUACAGAGAGAAUAGAGGAACGAGAUCCUUUAAUGAUACCAGAACAUACAUCAGCAGAUCCAGGGGUUGAGAAUGAUAAUUCAGGAAAUUUAAGUGAAGGAAGUUCAUCAGAGUCCCUGCUUCGUGGCUUCCUUUGUGAUCCUUCAGGUAGUGAUAAGACUAUAGCAGUAACUACACCAGCAUCUGGUGUAGCUGGAAAUGUAAUUGAUGGCUUAGGUUCAGAAUAUAUUUCAUUAGAACGCCUUGGAGAAACUGGUGCAUUAGCAUGCUGUGACGUGUGUGGUGAACAGACAUCAAACUUGGAAGAACAUCGGGCAAGGGCCGGACAUUAUAAAUGUGGACACCAAGACUGUGGGAAUCAAAUGUUUGCAAAUUUGGGUGAAUUGGCGUCUCAUCAGCACAUCGCUCAUGGCAACAGUGGACAACCUCCGUCACAACAACAACCAUCAUCAUCUCAGCAGUACCCAAUACCACAUCACCAGCCACCACCUGUGCAACAGUUGGCUCAACAAGUUCAGCGUCUACCAGUUCCAGCACAACAGUUAUCUCCCCAUCAGAUGAACCAUCAUGCACCACAGCCAGUUGUCCAGCAGAUGUCUCCACAACUUCAUCAACUGAUGCCCCCCCAGCAGCCUUAUCCUCAGUCUCCAGUUCGGCGUCCACCUCCUCUAUAUCGUGUGCCAGGAUCUGCAAGUGUACCUGGAACACCUCAAGGAAUGCAACACCAGUAUCCUAAUCAUCCACAGCAAACCCAACAGCAGCAUAUGAUGCCACCACAAAUGUACAAUCAACAACCCUACCCUCAGCCUCAGAAUAAUUACCCUGCACCUGCAGGUUCCUUGCCCACUCCCAGGCCUUAUGGUAAUAUGGUUCAACAGCUAAAUCGUCCACGGGCCCCUUCCCAACACAGUAUGCAGCGACCAAAUAUAGUCCAGCAGCAGCCAAGAAUGGGGUUACAACAGAAACGGCCAGCUGUUGUGCCUAAUCAGCCUGGUAGCUCUCCAAAUAAACAAAGAAGGGUGGAUGUCCUUCUACCAGACAGACACGAUGAUGCUGAUUGUCAUGUAAUAGCAUUGCAGAAAAGGACAGACAGUGGACCUGUGAUCGGAAAUGUUCAGGGUGCUGCAAAUAACACUGGACGACCUGAAUCAAUGAUUCACUUAACAGAUUCUAUCACACUGUCUGUGCGGCAGCCUCAAGGAGGAUCAGGUGCUGGGCAGCCUAUAGCAGGUGGAGGGAAGAACAAAAGUGAUGCAAAGGCUGUUGCUAAUAUUCUGGCCACCCGAGGCAUUACAGUCACGCCUGCAGGAGGAACAGGGGGCCGUAGUGGGACAUCGCAGAGUCCACAGCAGCAACAGCGGCAGUCACGGCCACCUGCGGCAAUGCAGUCAGCAGCACCUGCUGUGUCACAGCCAGUUACUACCCUUAACUUAAACUCUGCCAUUUCUAUCAUAGCUCAGCCAACUGCAUCAUCAUCCAGACAGCAGCAGGGAAAUUUUGCCGUGCCUCAUGGGCGAGGAAAUGUGAGCCGAACACUGCAGCAGCAGAUGGAACGUCCACCUCGACCUCCUACUGUUGACUUGACAGGGGAUGGUCCACCUCCACCCCCUUUACUGCAUAGUGUCUCUAGAGGAAGAGGAAGGGGUAGAAGUAUAAUGGGACGAUUCACAUGCCAAGUAUGUGACAAAGCAUUCUCAACGCAGGAGAGCCUGACUCAGCAUAUGACUCUGCAUCGCAGCCCUGGCAAACUUCCAUAUAGAUGCAGCCUGUGUUCAGCACAGUAUCCAACACAGCAAGGUUUGCUCCAGCACAGGCAGGCAUAUCAUAAGGAGCCAGCUGUUCAACCUGGUGCUGAAUUAGCUAUACCUGUAGUAGAUCUGAAGGCCCCAGGUGCUCUGAACCGAUUGGCUGGCCUUGGAAUACAUCAUUAUGUCCCUCUGUCACAACUAGUGAGCCAGUCUGGAGGCUAUUUUGGAUUGCCGAUAGUAUCAGUAGACGGGGCACGUAAUCCUGCAGUAUGUAACUUGGGAGGCCUUGGGGCGUCAUCUGUCUUAUCAUUAGGCCCCCUUAAACAUCUUGGCAGAUAGGUUCACUCCUUCUGUUUCUGGCUAAGGAUGGAUGUUUCGUUAGCUGUUGAGAUUAUAUUCGCACUUUAGUUAUCUAUGUGACAUAAUUAAAUUAUUAUGACAUAUAUAUGUAUAUAUAAUUUUCAGUGAAUACAUCCUGUUAUGUAUUAUAUAUCUCUUUAUUGAAAGCCAUCACAACACAACAAUUAAUAAUAUAGAUAUACAUAUAUACAGUUUCAGGUAGUACUUUACUACAUGUUUUGGCUUUCAGGAAGCCAUCAUCAGGUAAAUACACUUAAAAAACUUUUUAGCUAUUGAAUUGUGUGCUAAUUACACGAUGUAGUGUUAGAUUACAAUAGUAUGAAAUAUAAAGUUACAAUGAAAGUAAAAGUCUUAAAAUUAACAAGUUACAUAAUUAAAAUACAGUUAAGAGCUGUACAUAUAAUUAUAUUUCAAAGUAGGUAGUUGUAAUCGUAAUGUGGUGGUGCUUAUGCGGACAUGUUGAUGCCUGUCAAAUAAAAAUUAAAAUUAAAUAAUAAGUUACAAUAUAGCAAUGGACCUCUGAGCACCAUAACAACCGUCUGUUUAUACAACAUGUCCGCAUAAGCACCACCACAUAUAAUGAAUGAAUGAAUGUAUAAGAGGUGGGCGUUCUUGGCCCUAGCACCUCGACCACAGUGGUCUGUUCUGCCUACCUUUAACACUUCUGCUUUUUAACAGUACCUUUUCUAGCCUCUUCGUUGUGAUGCCACUCUUUGUAACUGCACUCUCACCUACCUUUUGUUAAACUCAAUUAUUAUCUUCUCUCUUGUACGAAAUUUAUCUCAGGGUUAUUUGAUUUACAAAAGAGGUGAGGUUUGUUGGUUCGGUAGAGCUGAGGUUCUCUUAUCUCAGAGCCUUGAAUGGGCCACAACUUAAAGAAGCAAGAAAUAAACACAAACUACAAGUACAACAGCACAUAACAGGUGAGACGUAUUAUUAUUAUUAUUAUUAUUAUUAUUAUUAUUAUUAUUAUUAUUAUUAUUCACUUGUUUAGUCACUUCGUAACACUGUACAACUGACUAACACCAGUAUACUUUUACUUCUUGUUUCUACAAGAUCUGGCGUGUGACUUUUAAGUCUGAUUUCUUCAAGGGCCGGUGUAUGUGCCUUUUACGUCUGAGUUCUACGAGUGUCUGUGUGUGACUUUUACCGACUGAUUUCUACGAGUGCCGCUGUGUGACCGCCUUCGACAACUGACUUCCCUUCGAACCAUCAAGUCCUUGUUUCAUCAGUGUGUUGGCUCUGCCACACCCUUAAAUUUUAGUGAUUGGUCACAUUUAAAAAAUAGGAGUAUCUUAAUUAGCUAUUCCCCCACUCCGUUUAAAGCUUACUUGGGGUCUAGGUUUCCGAGCUCCAACAUACUUCUUUCAGAAUCUUGACAAAUGUGAAGCUUCGCUUGGGCCAUUAAAACUUCACUAUUUUAAGUUACAGCACGCACAAGCUGUCAAGUAUUGAAUUCACAAAAGAUUUCGUAGUUACACUUUCACGUAAAAUUUCUAAAACUCGCAGUGGGGUGUCUUCUUGUUUCUGCUGUACAUGUGGGAAGACACUAACUCUUACAUGCAAGAAUAGACCUAUGUCUCACUACACUUGUUCAUUGCAUCUCAUUGUGAACAAUUAAAAUUUCUAAUUAAUAAAAUUAAUUACAUUUAAAUAGGUUGCAUAGCAGUGGAACGGUUACAUACCACAUAUUACGAUUAAAACUACCUACUUUGAAAUAUAAUUAUAUGUACAGCUCUUAACUGUAUUUUAAUUAUGUAACUAGUUCAUUUUAAGUUUUACUUUCAUUGUAACUUUAUAUUUUAUAUUGUUGUAAUCUAAUACUACAUCGUGUAAUUAGCACGCAAUUCAAUAGCUAAAAAGUUGUUUAAGUGUAUUUACCUGAUGAUGGCUUCUUGAAAGCCAAAACAUGUAGUAAAGCACAACUUGAAACUGCAUACAUAUAUUAUUAAUUGUUGUGUUGUGACAGCUUUCAGUAAAGAGAUAUGUAUAUAAUAUCCACAAAGUUAUUUUCUGCUUGAAACAAAUUCUGUUAACUUCAAUAAAAUUGUUUAUUUCUUGUUUUUAUUGAAAGAUUUGAGGUAACAUGUCUGUGAGUGUUUGCGGUAUGAGGUAAAAGAAAACGUGAAAUUGUCCUGUGCUGAAGGAAUUAAGCAUUACACCAUGAAGGCAUGUGGGGGAGUGGAUGUAUAGAUCCACAUUUUCUUGAGCUUGGCCCCAGAUGGAGGUGAGUGGUCAGCUUCAUGCCCUUGCCGCUUUACUCUCAGGGAGAAAGAGCUCCCAGCGCCCAUUGGUUAAGAGAUCAGGUGGACCCCGGAGCUGGUCUGGAUGACGUGAAAAAGAGAAAAUUCUUGACCUUGAACUCUGAACCCUCAGUUGUCCAGCCCACGGCCAGUUUGUUUGCAGUAUAAGAGCUAGAAAAUUAAGCUUAAUGUCUCAGAAUUGUUGAACUAGAUUAAAGCUGAGAAACCAUGUUUAUGGACCAGUGAUUUGCUCCUCUUUGGUUUAUUCCAUUUGAUGAUAAGCCUUUGGGAGUAUAAUGCAUUAGAAGUAGCUGUGCAGUAUUUAAUAACGAAACUGAUAAGAAUUUGGUGCUCAAAUGGGGAAAAGCAAAAGAAACGGUAAAUUCAGUUUUCAUUUUGUAAUUUGUGUUUAUCUGGGUAUCGGUAUUGGCCUCUCCAUGAACAGCUUCUGUCUCUAUUGCAGUGAUCUGAGAUAACUGCAAAGAUGUUUCUUCAGAUGUAUUACUUUUCUUGUACAUGUCAAGUUGGUUAAUGUAAUAUAGUUUAUGAUAGAUGCCUUCAAGUUAAUUUGGAAGGACUUUUAUCUCUUGAACCUCCAUUGAAUAUGUAAGUUGCCUUAUAUCUUACAAAUAUAAACAUGCUGCAAUGCACAUGUCAAGACAUGACCAUAAAUGUUGCUCACUUAGAACAAAAACAUUUUAGUAUAAUGUAUGUUAUUUUUCAUGGAUAGAAAUAUUUAUAAUGUUUGGUUUUACAUUUUUACAAUACAUCACAAACUGGUUAAUCACUUUUUAUCUAUUCUCUUCCAGUAAUGCCUGUGUUUAAAUUAUCUGCUUAGACUGAGUGCUAAACCUGAAAAGAAGUCUCACAGGAGAGCAUUAACUUGUGAAAUCAGCCUGCCUGCCCACCCCCUUCUCUCCCAUCCCUUUAGCAUAUAUCAGAUCACAGAUUACAGCAUAAGGUAUUAUAUAAUUAUUUAAGUUAAUUGGUGGCACUGUAUGUUCUGACAUUCAGAUGUCAUCCUAAGGGGGUUUUCGUUCAGUAAAUACACUGGUAGAACUGACUGGAGGUUGUUGUAUUGCUCAUAAAAUUAUAAGCUUAUUAGAAAGUUAGUCCAACAAAUGAAGUAGCAUCAUGUUACAACCAAUUAAGUGUUAAUAAAUUCAUAUAUGCAGUUGCAGAGUCAUGUAGAGGUUUAUAUAGAUGGUAUGUUAAAAAGAAAGUGAAGGAGGCCAGAGGCAACAUCACACACACACACACACACAUAUAUAUAUAUCUGAGUAUCGGGAUCUUUGAAUUGCAUAGGAUACCUCUUCUUAAUAUCCUUUCCAUUCUCCUUUUCCAGCGCCACCAUCAUCAUCAACAGCAGGCCUUAGGGCCUCUUAUGGUCUCAGGUUUUCCCUCCGUCUUUUCAUCAGAUAUCCUGUUGAUUUCUUCCCUUUCGUCUUAAAAUUGCUUUUGGGGAUCUUUACCAUUUAUUCUGUUUACGUGACCCUCUAGUUUUCUUUGUAAUGUUUAAUGUAGUCUGUUACAAUUUUCGUCUUUUGAGUUGUGUCAAAAUAUUUCUUGUGUGUUCCCGCUUCAUAAAACUGUCCACUCUUCUCAUGAACUUUAUUUUGCACCGUUUCUUAUGAUCCACAUCUCGCUUCUACAGCAUAGGACUAGCCAUGCUGUGGUGUUAUGCAGGCAUUUUGGUGCAUGUUCUUAUACCAGUGUUGGUUUCAAAAUCAUAAUUAUGAUACCCAUAGUUUUGUUGUAUUUUGUGAUUUUUUUGUAUAUCUCCUUUUACUUUGGAAUGAUAACUUGUAACCAAGGUAUGAAAAAUUCUUUGUCCUCUCGUUUUAUUUUUUAAAAGUAUCUUGCUUGAUAUAGUGCUUUGCUACAAAAUGUAAUUACUUUCAACUGUGCCUAACCUGAUUGCCCAGACUCUAAAUAUAAUAUGCGACGGAGAAAAACCUACUGAAGAAUGGAAGAAGGCAAAAAGAGGUCACAAAGGGUCCAAAAACUAUAGAAGAGUUAGUCUGUUGAACUUUGGGUACAAAAUUUAUGCCAGAAGAAUUUUUUAAUGCUUAAUUUGUAUUAUAACAUGGUGUUACUGCAUUUGUUGGGCUAACGUUUUAAUAAGCUUUGAAGUUUUAUGUACAGUACUGUGAAUUAGUUUCACCAGUGUAUUUAUUGAAGAGAUACCCUGAAGGUGACAUUUUAGUGUCAAAAAUAUCAGGUCACCAAUUAAGAUAAAAUAAAUAAAUAAUACCUUAUGUUGUAAUUUGACUGUUCUCCCCUAAGUUUUUAAAUAUGAUAACAUGCAGAGUGGAUAAUCUGUGGCAAAAUGAUUUAGAAUUAAGUAUUAUAUUAUUUUCUUAAGGUUUUCAGUUUUCUUUGCAACGUAGAUCAUUGGUAGCUUAAAACAGCUUCUUGUUUACAAGAUAGACUUCUUCUAGCAUUCAGGUUAGAAGCAGGCUGAACCUCAGACUGUUUCAUGUGUUGUAACCUUUAAAAAUAUAUUUAGUCAAAUAGGUAUGUUAAUUUGCAUGAAUUCAAUUGGUAAAUACUCAUAAUUUUUUUCUUCUUUUGUCUUCCAAGAAAUGCCUUCAUGAUACAUUUUGCAUGUUUUAGUCUUCCAGUGUUCUGUACACGAUAUUUGUAUUAUGCAUACAAUUUUUUCUCUAUUCCCUAAUGCAGUUUACUUGAUAAGUUAGUUUUGAUUUAUGUUUGUUGGCAGCAAACAGCUCCUGUGAGAAGUGCAUAUCAAGUUCAAAAUUGACACAAGUGAAAUUGUCUUGGAUAUACUUUAGCUGCUGCAGAGUACUUGAUAUGCCAUCUACCUUCUAUUUCAUUGCAGUUAACAGUAACAAAAAUUGUCAUUUCAAAAUACAGCGUGAAACAUCCAUGCAAAGCCUGUGAUUAACUUCAUGUAAAUAACGCUGGUUGAGUGGCCACAUACAGUGAACUCUGGAGACCUUUGUAUACAUUAAAACAGAAGGUAUUUUAUAUCAUACAUUAUUUUCUGUUCGAUAUUUUAUUCACCAUAUAAACAGUACAUAGAUUACUAUAAUAUUUUUGUUGACAUUAAAAGAGGCGGUUAAUGAUAACGGUGACCAACACAUUGGCAUCUUUAUUGUCAUUUUAGAGCCUCCUGUGAUAUGUUUAGCAGCAGUUUGAACACCAGCAGCCAUCUCAAAGUUGAUACAUCCAAUAUAAUGUUAUACUAGAACCUGAAAGAGCCUAUGUUACCUGCCGUAAGUGUAUUUAAUUUGAGAAGUGCACUUCAUUAAGUGGCAUGGAUUAUCGUGCCCUUUUGAGGAUUGCAUUUGUGGAAAUUAUUAUUGAAGCAUUUAUACAAAUACAGAUUUUGUACUUUUUUAUAAAUACAUAGUUCCUUUAUGUCAUCAUCAUCAUCGCCACCAUCAAUAUUGUAACUUGUCACACCCAUUUUGAGUAUCAUUUGAUUGGUUAGACUCGAAAGGAUUCUGACGAUGGUGUAUACUGCACCAUUUGAUGCAGAAUCAUUUGAUUCUUUAGUACUAGCAUAGCUCCAAAAGAAAUGCAUUUAAAAGAAAACUUACAUGAUACCUACUUAAAGAGGGUUGUGGAUAUCCUUGUCUGUGCUAAAUAUCCAUAUGAUUACUACAUUUGAGUUUGCUUCAUUCCAGUUCUAAAGACUUGUUUAGAAGUGGAACAUUUUGUGUUAAGAUGUUAUAGUAUUAACUUCAUUUAAAUAUGCUGCUUACAAAUUGGAAUUAUUCUACAUAACAUGGCACGUUUUGUGGCUGAAAUUUUAAUGGUUGAGUCAGUUUCGUUUUUCAUUAUUUUUAGCUAUGAAUGAUAUAACUAAUCUUCCAGCUCAACAAUACUAUGAAGUUAAGUUUGAAAAAGUAAAAGUAUGUUAGGUGGUUUUUAACUUUAGAAAAACUACCUUAAAAAUUCAAAAUACACAUAAAUAGUGGCAAAAAUUACUGUUCUGUAUGCAGAAGCCUGUGAUACUUAUGAAUGUUUAUGGAGAUGGAAAAAUUCUUUGCCAUUACUAGUAUGUUACCUCUUUGCUGCCAGCCUUACGAGUUAUUUAGUUGGUCACCUCUGCAUUACAAAAGCUAAAUUUACAAUGUGACAUGCCUUAUUUGUUUUAGCCAUGAUUUAAAAAUAAAUCCUUAAUAUUCUAAGCUAUAAAACUACAAGCUACAAUAAAAAUUUCAUUUGUUUAUAUGUAGAUUGAUGGUCAGUUAUCAGUCAUUAUUGUAUUUGGCUCUAAUGUUUAUGUCUUUGUUUUUUUAUCUGGACAGUGUAAAUCUUCUUUAGAUGUGGUGUCAUGUGACUAGUUUGUAACAGUAUGUUCUUCAUAACAGUUUUGUACAAGAUUAUGAUCAGCGACCAAAAUUCAUAGCUGCUGUGCAAAUCCUGUAAAUACAGAAGCCUUUUUCCAAUA